CUCGUAAAAUGAAAAAAUAACAAAACAAAAUAAACGCGACGAGCUAUGGACGAAGUGGACAAGAUAAUCAUGCACCAGCUGCAUCAGGUGGAUGCCGGCAUAGAGCCCACGGACGAGCUGGCCAGUUUCACGCCGGAACUGGUGGUGCGAGCCGUCUCCAGCUGUUUGACGGAAAUCCGCCCAGAGUUGGAGGUACCUCGGUCCCUGCCGGGCGGCGCGAUGGCUCAGCGGUUCAGCGUGGCUACUGGCCUGGCCGAGAGGUGCAAGGAGAGCGGAUACCACGGCGACAUCGGCUACCAGACAUUCCUCUACCCCAAUCCCAUCGAGCUGCGGCGCCUGCUGAUGUUCCUGAUCGAGCAGCUGCCACGGGAGCGCCAGGCGACCGAUGACCUGACCGGCAAGUCGCAUCCGCUGAGUGGCAGGGAAAUGCUACAGCGCCAGAUACGCAAGAAGCUGACGGCCCAGCUGAAGGCUAUGUGGGUGCCGCAGUUCUGUCGGGCAGUGGGCAACAGGAAAUCGCAUGGAUGCAGCAGCUUGUGCAUAGAUUUUCGGCCAAAGUUGAAUCUGAAUGUGCCAUCGGCCAAUCUGGAGGAACGCACCAAGGAAGUGCAGCAGUACUUUGACCAGCAGGCCCCCAAUCUCUUCCAGCAGACAGCGUCCAGCUCCUACGAUCUCAUUGCAUCGGUGCUGCACAAGAACGAUCUGGAGCGCUGGGGCCAAGGGUUGACCGACUCAGGAAUGUUUUUGCUGGCCAGCGAAGAUCCAGUCAUUCCAAUGGUUCUGGCCACAGAGAAACCAUCAGCGACUGCCGCUGAGAUGACGCCCCUCGAGGAGCUGACUGACGAGGUCCAGAAGCUGCGCACACAAUGCGAGACACUGCUGGGAGAGCGAAAGGCCUACACCGCCAGGAUAGGAGCACUGAAGCAGCGGGAAAGCGAAGCCACGAAGGAACUGGCGGACAUUCAACCCCUGCUGAAGCUGCACGAACGCACCUGCCUGGUGCUGGCCGAUCCCGAGCAGAAUGUGACCAAACUGGAGGCCCUGCUGCAGGCCACCGAAGCCAAGCGUCGCACAUUGACCCAGCAGUGGCAGGAUUAUCGUCUGCCCCUGCUGGAAACCUUGGAGACGCUGAAGACGGCCAAAGAGGCACAACACGUCCAGAGUAUUCGCAGCGGGAUUGAGCAGCUAGAGCAGGAGCUCAAAGAGAAGACCCAACAGCACAACGAUCUAAAUACGGCUUUACGCACUGCCACCCAGUCGCUGGCUCCGCGCAAGGAGUAUACGCGUCGCAUCCACGAGUUCAUCGGCAACAUUCGCAAACAGCGGGCGGACAUCUUCAAGGUGCUCGACGACACGCGGCAGCUUCAGAAGCAGCUUAAUGUGGUGGGCGCCCAACUGCAGCGCCAGUUCAACUACACCGAUGACCUGCUCUUCCAGAGCGCCAAGCACGAUCUGCAUGCAAAGAAGGCGUACAAGCUGCUGGCCCAGCUCCAUGCCAACUGCAGCGAACUGGUCGAGUGCGUGGCCCUAACUGGCAAUGUGACCAAACAAAUCCGUGAGCUUGAGGUGCAAAUCGAUGGGGAGAAACUGAAGAAUGUCCUCACCAGCCUGCAGCAGAUCACGGGCGACAUCCAGAAGUUCGAGCAGAGCAUACAGGAGCUGCAGUCACAGAUAAGCACAAUGGAGAAUGGUGUGGCAAAGGCCUAGACCUAGAGUCCUGGUGCCCUCUAUUUUACCUAUGUAUUAGUGCCAAUUGUAAUAAAUCAAAGCAGUCGCGCCUAGCGUUGAUUUUAUUAACCAAA